AGGAAAUGGCUUUUGGUUGCAACAGUCAUCAAAUCAAAUUUGUUUCUCAAAAAAAGCCAGAUUUUUUGUGUCGUGGUGGAAACUUGCCAGUUUCUGGUGUCUUGCUGUAGGAUAAAAGUGCUUUCAGACACAAGCACCAGGUCUGUAAUUCAAUCUCCUUGGGAAGAGCUCCAGGGAAUUGUUGCUGGGAUCAGGGAGGCUUUGCAUGGGAACAGAGAUCCGGACAGAUCUGAUUGCCACAUCUGAACCUAGACAGGCUCCUUAACCGCUUCUGAUCUGCAUGUGAAAUCAGGCAGUGCUUCCAACUUUCUGACUGUUGAUUUAUGAGUAUUUAUAGGUGCUGAUAACUGAGUGAGCUUCAGGAUCUGGGAGUCUGGUUUAAUGUUGACUCUUCUUCACUGCUGCUUAAUUGAAAUGGGUUUUUGUUGAUGUUCCACUGUGAUAUAGAACAAGGAGACCUUCAGCUGGACUCGUCUAAGCAAAGGCUGCAGCCUGCCUUUAAAGAAUACUAAACAAGAAUUAAAUUUUCCUAAUAGUUCAGUGACGUGGGAAUGUAUGACUUCAAUGCUUGUGGAAAAAUGCUGCUUUGGCAUCUUUAAAGUUCACUAUGUGACCCCAAGGAAGUUAAGAUUUUUGUGUCUCAAGGUGGAGAGAUAUUGGAAGCCUAACCUUUUUGUCUGAAGGUGAAACUUAGGCCUGGAAGGGGCCUCAGCCCUCAGUGCUGCUGUGGGUCCUCUGCCGUGAUGGGAUGUGGAAUAAAGGGGAAAACCCAUCAGCUGUGACCUGCUGUGAAACACUCAUUUAACACAGGCCACUGAACAGUCACCAGGGAGCAAUUCUUAAAAUUAACUAACCAGAGCUGGAUUCAAACCAGUAAAUUUCCUAAUAGUAAAAGGUGUGAAAAUGUCUCACCAGUAAAUUAAGAAGAAAAAAGACAGGAAGGACAGUCUGGACUUUCUACCUGGAAAUGGCCCUGGAAAUAUUGCUCUUCCUUUCAGAGAUUAAAGAUGCUACUGUACUGUAUCAUAUGAAAUAUCUUUUUGUCCCAUUUUUGGCUACAUUAGCCUGGGAUAACAUUGCUCCACCAGUAAUUUUAUUUCCUUCCACUCACUUAAAAAUGAUUCUACCUUUAGAGCUAACCUCCUUGUUAACACCACUUGUUUAUCAUUAAUUUCCUCUCUGGUUCAUGGCAUCCCACCUGUCUGUAUGGAAGUACAGGUUUCACCAGUAGGUGGGAAGUGGGUUUACACCUAGAGCAGGUGCAGACACAAAAGAGAUAAAAGGCCUUAAUUGCAGAGCUCAGCCCAGUGCUGAGCCAGGUGAGGGGAGCAGUGUCCCACAGCACCCUCAAACCCAGCCCAGAUAGGGCUCAUGGGGUGCACAGGUCACCUUACAGAUCCGAAAGUUCUUGGGGAAGCACAGGAUCACCUCUGGACUUCCUGCUGUAGUCUCAGAUUCUUUGGAGCAGACUUUGCAGCAGCCCAUUACCUCAGGGGAACAGCUCCAUCCAGGCUGGAGCCAAGGCUGCCUGUUCCUUCAACAAUAUUGUAAGUGGGUGAUUGAAAAUCAAGAAGCAGCAAAGUCAUGGAGCUUUCCCAGCGUGCUCAUCCUCAUCCUUCCUCUUGCUGAAGGGAUUCCCCAGGUGUGGCUGUGCUGGCCUGGCCAUUGGCAUGGUCACCUCUGUACCCUGUUUGCUCUGAAGGAAAAGGGGCUGAUGAGCAGUGCCUAUGUCUGCCCACACAUUCCUGGUGAAUUCCUGAGCCCUCAGCUAAUCUCAGCCAAAUGUGAGAGGGGAGAAGAAGCUUCCAACUUGUUCCUUUGGUUCCCACCAGAGUCAGCUGGAAGAAACCUGCUGUGAGGGCGUGGGGUGGGAGGUCUGUCUCCCUCAGCCCCCCCAGAGACUCCAGUGGGUCAGGGCUGAUGGUGGGAGCAAAGCCAGGCCAGGGGCAGCUCUGCCUCCUCACAAGCCACGAGAAUGUGACUUCUUGUGUGCCCAAGCUGGACUUUUCCCAGAACCCAAAGGCCAAGGUAGCCAGUGUCUAUGAGUCGCCUGGCUUCUUCCUAGACUUGGAUCCAAUUCCAGGAGCCUUGGAAGCUAUGCAGGAGAUGCUCCACAUGCAGGACACUGAAGUCUUCAUUUGCACGAGCCCCCUCCGGAAAUACGAGCACUGCGUUGUGGAAAAGUAUAAGUGGGUAGAGAAACACUUGGGACCGGAGUUUGUGGAGCGGAUUAUUCUGACCCGAGACAAGACUGUGGUGGCUGCUGACUUGCUGUUUGAUGACAAGGACACUAUCCAAGGUGCAGAGCUGAACCCGAGAUGGGAGCACAUCCUGUUCACCUGCUGCCACAACAGGCACGUCCAGCUGCCGGCCCCGCGCCGGCGCCUGCACUCCUGGGCUGACAACUGGAAGGCCAUCCUGGAAAGCAAGCGCAGGCACUAGUGCAGGAAGGGGAUGUUGCACUCUUCCCACUGCCAGGGAACAACCAGCCUCCAUGACUAGGAGGCACUGUUCACUGCAGGGAUCAGCCACAGUAAGAAAUGAGCUGCUCCUCAGUGCUCUGGGUUUCUGGAAGGUUGCUCUGCACUCAGUUGAUCUCUGUAGCAUUUUGGAUGUUUGCUGUUAAGAGAAGAGAAACUAUAAACUACAAGCAGCUGUG